CCUUCUGGCCCCUCUGUUUCGCCCCACCUCUGACUAGCCAGCAUUCCUGCCCUUUCCAGUCCAGGCUCUAGCUUAGAGCCCCUUCCCGGACGGAGCUCCCUCCCGGUGCUCCUCCCCUCCUGGCCCCUCAGGGCCCGCCUCUCCCGGACUGGGUUUCCUGGGCACCGGUUUGUUAGCUAGUGUUGGUUUUUUAGGGUCUCUUAUGCUUCCCCCUCCCGGGGCAGUUCUCAGGGUACAACCUAGUCAAUCCAUUUGGUCCCUGUGACCCAGUGAAAGAACUCUCGAGAGCAGCUACUUCUCUGAAUCUCUAGGGAGGAAGCUCAGCGUCUCAGGCUUUGCCACUGAUAACCGUCUCCUAGAGAAGGCUGAGUUGCUGGCCCGGAUCUCAGAGAAGCUGCAGCCAGAGCCAAAUGAUGUCACUCCUGCUACCCUCCAGCGCCCCUGGGAAGAGGAAUCGGGGCCGGACUCAGACCAAGUCCCAUCACCAACCACUCUGAGGGUGAAGUGGCAAGAGGAGGAGGAAGAGCUCCGGCGGGUCUGUGGUGAGAUGGCCUACCAGGUGGUGGAGAAGAGCGCGGCCUUGGGCACCCUGGAGGCGACGCUGGAGGAGCGGCAAAGCAGGCUGGCGGCUCUGGAGGCCCGCGCCGCGGAGCUGCAGCAGGCGCGGGCGCGGCAGGCCCGGCGAGUGGACGCACAGCGGGCGCUGAACGUGGCGCAGCGGGCGGCCUACGAGGCGCUGCGCGCGCACGCCAGGCUCCAGGAGGCGGCCCUGCGCCGGCUGGAGGAGGAGGCGCGUGACCUGCUGGAGCGGCUCGUGCAGCGCAAGGCGCGCGCCGCCGCCGAGCGCAACCUGCGCCUCGAGCGCCAGGAGAAGGCCAAGCAGGCGCGGAUGUCCUUGGAGCUGAAGAAGGCUGCCAAGCGGACAGUGAGCAUCAGCGAGAGCCCAAACCCCAUAGGCGACGGGAUCAGAGAGGAGCCUGAGACUCUGGCCCGGCCUGCUGAGCCCCUGUCCCUGAAGAGUGAGGCUGGUGAGAAGUGGAAGAGGCCGUUCAGAUCUGCCUCUGCCACCUCCUUGACACUCUCCCGCUGUGUGGAUGUGGUGAAGGAGCUUCUGGAUUUCAAGAAGAGGAGAGGCCACUCCAUUGGGGGAGCUCCUGAGCCGCGAUACCAGAGCAUCCCUGUGUGUGUGGCUGCCCAACCUCCUACCCAGGUUCAGGAUGUGCUGGAUGCCCACCUUUCCGAGGUCAAUGCUGUUUGUUUUGGCGCCAGUCGCAGCCUCCUGGCCACCGGAGGGGCUGACCGCCUCAUCCACCUCUGGAAUGUUGUGGGAGAUCGUCUGGAGGCCAACCAAACCCUUGAAGGAGCUGGUGGCAGCAUCACAAGUGUGGACUUCGACUCUUCGGGCUCACAGGUACUAGCAGCUACUUACAAUCAGGCCGCCCAGCUCUGGAAGGUGGGGGAGGUACAGUCCAAGGAGACACUGUCUGGACACACAGACAAGGUGACGGCUGCCAAAUUCAAGCUAACAAGGCACCAGGCGGUGACUGGGAGCCGGGACCGGACGGUGAAGGAGUGGGACCUCGGCCGCGCCUACUGCUCCAGGACCAUCAAUGUCCUUUCCUACUGUAAUGAUGUGGUGUGUGGGGACCAUGUCAUCAUCAGUGGCCACAGUGACCAGAAGAUCCGGUUCUGGGACAGCAGGGUCCCCUGCUGCACCCAGAUCAUCCCUGUGCAGGGCCGGGUCACCUCCCUGAACCUCAGCCAAGACCAGCUGCAUCUGCUCAGCUGUUCCCGAGAUGACACACUCAAGGUCAUUGACCUUCGUGUCAGCAAUAUCCGCCAGGCAUUCAGGGCUGAUGGCUUCAGGUGUGGUUCUGACUGGACCAAAGCCGUGUUCAGCCCGGACAGAAGCUAUGCCCUGGCAGGUUCCUGGGACGGAGCCCUUUACAUCUGGGAUGUAGACACCGGCAAGCUGGAGGGUAGUCUGCGGGGACCCCACUGCACUGCCGUCAACGCCGUGGCCUGGUGCUCCUCGGGGAGCCAUGUGGUGAGCGCAGACCAGGCCAGGAAGGUUGUGCUCUGGCACUAGCCGUGACUUCUCCUGCCAGGGCUGGAGCUCGAGUCUGAAGCCCAAGGCCAGAAGACAGCUUCCCACCGCUCACGGGGCUCGGGAACAAGUGGGGAUGGGGGUGGGAUGGGAGGGGGGUGGCCUUGGGGCAUUUAAUGGGGAAUAGGGCCUGGCAGGACCUGGCCUGUCUGUUGAAAAAAAAAGUGUGUGUGUCGGGGGGGAAUUACAGUAUUUUUUGCUUGUUUUAUCUCUGACUUCUCACUUUCUUCGACGUAAGUGAAAAAAAAUUGUAUCUAAACUGGUAUCUGCUUGCCUCUCUGCAGCGUUCGGGUGGCAGAGGCCUUUGGGCUGGUGGCUCGAGGACGCCUGGGCUUGGCCCCUUUCCUCCUCCUGCACAGAGCUGGGGCCGGGCCAGGCUGGCCUCGGUGCUGUUCCCAUCCGAGGAGACAGCAUGAAGAAAGGCUCACAGGCAGCCAAGGGCAGUGGCUCUUGGAGCCGUGGGAAUCUCACCCUUGGUCCACGCUGGUCCAGAGGCCAAGCCAACACCUUGGACCCUCCUACUUCAGGCGCCCAGGGUAGACUGAGGCUGUGGAGGGGCCAUGGGAGUUCCAAGAGGGGCUCUGGUGGAAAGGGUCCUAACACACCAGAGAGUGAUGUCAAGUACUUAGUACACCAGGCCUGCCUUUAGAUGGGGGCAUGUUCUUGCUCCAGAGGGGGAGCCCGGAACGUAUGGGGAACGGCCUGGGUAGGUCUUCGUGUUGGGGGGGCGGCCGCGGGCUGGGCCUGGGCUGGGGCUUCACUUACAGGGGCACCACGAGCCUCUGGAGUACAAGGCAGACCUAGCAGGGCAGAGCCUGGGCACCCCACUUGUUCUGUCAACCUCGUGCAUGGAGGAGUCGCCAGCAGGACAGCCAUUGCCAGUCACAAGACAGCAGAAGGGACUUCUGUCCCUGAGGGGACCUUACUGUGGCAUGCUGCUCAUCUGAGAUUCAAAGGCUUCGCUUUGGAAUUCUCAGUUUCCUUCCUUAUCACCUUCCAAAGUCUCCCUUGGGGGUUGUUGCCAUUCCCAGGGUUAGGAAGCCGUUCCCAGGAUGAGCAGCAGGUUGCUGAGCGCCUGAACUUUGCAGCCGGGCUGUCUGCGUUGGAGUCGCAGCCCGCUCUUUAGUAGUUGGGUGAUUUUAAACAGGUUCCUUAACGGCUUUGUGCCUUAGUUUCCUCCUCUGCGAAAGGGGAAAAUAAUAGUACUCACCUCAGAGGGCGCCUGGGUGGCACAGUCCAUUAGGCGUCCGACUCUUGGUUUCCGCUGGGGUCGUGAUCUUGGGGUUCAAGAUGGAGCCCCGUGUUGGGCUCCACGCUCAGCAGAGUCUGCUUGAGAUUCAUUCUCCCUCUCUCUUUGCCCCUCCCCCACUUCCCAUUCAUGCCUUCUCCCUCUCCCUCUCUCAAAAAAAAAAAAAAAACAAAAACCAUCCUCACCUCAGAAUUUACCAUAUAGACUCAGUGUGUUAGUGUCUGUGAAGCUCCCGGCACAUGCCAAAGAGCGCGUGGCGAUGAAAUACCUAGUCUACACUCUGCUGGCUCUCAGCUCACUCACUGCUCUUGGCCCAGCCGCCCCGAGCUCCAGGUGACAUACCUAGCUGCCUCCUGGACAGCAGCUCCCCGACACAAGCGUCUCCCCCUCACGCCCCACAUCCUCAGGCACCAGGGGUGGAGCCACUGUGUCUGACUUGAACCUAGCUGCCACGCAGGCCCCCUUCUAGUCUUGCUGUGUCUCCACCUGGACCCCUCUUGCCGUGGCCAGAGUGACUUUCUAAGGUAUCGUGGUCACAGAUACGACCCUUUGAAGUUCCCAGGCUGCCCGCAAAGAAGCUUUUUGGCAUUAAAUCCAAAGCCCUCAGGAAUGAGCCCACUGACCUCAGCUGCAUUUUCAUUUCCUUGCUACUCUGAAUGUGUUUCGCACAUUGAUUUUCUCUCUGCCCCAAAUGUCCUUCCCUCCCAGCCCCCAAUUCAAAUUUGUCCUUCGUGAUCUUCUCCCUGAGAGCCUUUCCUCACUUACCAGGCUGGCUAGGGUCCU